AUGCAACUCUCCAGCUCAGCCAGGGUGGCAGAUGAGAACUUCGAUUAUUUGUUCAAUAUUAUCCUCAUCGGUGAUUCCAACAUGGGGGAGACAUGUGUGGUGCAGCAUUUCAAGUCCAAGGUCUAUACCGAGGCGCAGCAGAAUACCAUCGGGGUAGACCUCACUGUGUGCUCCCUUGAGAUCAAUGGCAAGAGAGUCAAGAUGCAGGUGUGGGACACCGCCAGCCAGGAGCGCUUCAGCACCAUCACCCAGAGCUACUACCGCAGCGCCCACGCAGCCAUCAUAGCCUACGACCUGGCCCGGCGGUUCACGUUUGAGUCGGUCCCUCAUUGGAUUCACGAGAUAGAAAAAUAUAGCGCGGCUAACUUGGUCAUUAUGCUGAUGGGAAACAAGUGCGACCUGUGGGAGAAGCGGCCCAUCCUGUUGGAGGAUGCCUGCAUGCUGGCCGAGAAGCACGGCCUCCUUGCUGUGGUGGAGACGUCUGCCAAGGAGUCCAGGAACAUCGACGAAGUCUUCGUGUUCAUGGCCAAGGAGCUGAUCACCCGCAACAGCCUGCACCUGUAUGGAGAGAGCACCCUGGAUGGGCCGCCCCUGGACUCCACGCCGGUGCUCACGGCCCAGGGGCCACGUGGGAAGGCCCACUGCGCCUGCUGA